AUGAAUAGAAAAAAGCAAAAAAAAUUAAAUUCUCUCAAUUACCAAAGAACAAAGAAUAGUGAUAGUAAUAAAGAUGAGGCUAUAUUAAAUAUCGAGUUUAUUGAGAAUUUAUCAUUAUUCAAAUUCAAACAAUUAUUAAAUUCAGCCAGUAGUAAAGAUGUAGAAAGAGCAUUAUAUUCAAUUAUUAAAACUAUCAGAGAUGAAAAAGAAAAGUCUUUAGAUGAAGACGAUCAAGACGAUGAUGAAGAAAUUAAAUUAAACUAUAAAAAUAAAAAUUUAUCGGUUGUAUUCGAAUAUUUAAAGCAAUCACCACAAUUGACCGAAUUAUUCACCAUUUGGGACACUUGCAUAGACAAGUAUCAAGUAUAUCAGACAUGUUAUGCAUUGUUAUUAGAGUUUCUUGCUAUUAUUAUUACACUUAACGACGACCCAGCAUUGCAAUUCCAAACUAGAAUUUUAGCAGACAGAAUCAUCACAAACAGAUUUCUAGAUUUACAAAAGAUCAUCAAUAGUUAUUCUGAUGAAACUGUAAACUUAACCUUAAAUUGCUAUAGACUAUUAUCAUCAAUUGUGCCAUUAUCAAUUAAAAUUGCAAAAAGUUUACAAACCAAUAUUGAUUUUAGUUCAAAUGCUUUUCAAGAAGCAAUGACAGAUAUACCAAGUAAUGGUGCUUACUUAGGAACAAGACCAUAUGUUUUAAGAUUUUUAUUAUCAUUUUUAAAACAUCACAACUUAAAAUUAAGUGAAUUCAUUUUAGAGUCUGAAUAUUUAUUAUCAAAAUAUUGUCAUAAAAUUCAAUUAGAUCAUCAUAACGUUAUAUUGGAUUUAAUCGAAUCAUUAGAAACUAAUAUAUUAAAAGUUGAUAUUAUACCAAAGAAAUUAAAAAUUAAAUUCUUUUCACCAUCAUUCCUUUCAAAGAUUGGUUUAGUAUUUUCAAAAGAUGAUAUUGGAGAAGAAAGUCGUCAAUCAAUUUAUAAAUUUUUAACAACAUUAUGUUGCUCACCAAUACAUGGUAUUUGUUCAUCAGAUCCAAAAUGGACAUGGUUUAGAGAGAACGAUUUACCAAGUUUUGAAAAUAAAUCAAUUGUUUCAUUGAUUACAGAGUUAAACCCAAUUGCAUAUCAAACACAUCAGUCAUUAUUUAUUAAGAUUAUCAAUGCAUGUCCAGAUUUAUUUACAUCAUAUUUAAAGAAAUUAGGUUCAUGUGAAGUAUCAUUAUCGUUAAAUUGGUUAAAUAGAACAACAAUGUUAAUCAAAACACUUUCAUCACCAGUACCAACAGCACCAGUUUUAAAAAUCACCAAUAAAUUAUCAGAAUCAAUUCCAUCAUCACCAAUGGUAUUAAUUAAUUUAUUAGUACCCCCACAAGUUAGCAAUUUAUCAUUUGGUUUUGAAGUUUCAAACUUGGUCACAUAUAACCAAUUAUUAGUAUUGCAAUUAUGUUUAAAAAGAGUUAAUACAGUUUUAAGUUCGCUAAACCACUUUUUAAUAGAAAAACAACAACAACAAGAAGAUAGUCAAAAGAAAGAAAAAGAGAUAGAGGUAUUAAUUGGCUUUAUUGAAAAUUUAAAGAAUGGUAUUAAGGAACGUUUACCCUCAUUUAGAUACUUUAAGGAACAUUGUAAUGAAUUUAAAUCAUCAAGUACUACUUAUGAUCAAUAUAUUUCAAUCAUUUCAGAAUAUGUUAAAUUUUUACCAAUAAAUGAAUUUUUAACUUUAAAGAUGUUGGAUUUCAAUUUAAUAGUUAAAUCAGAUCUUUACACACAAAAGCAAUUUAUUCAGUUAAUUGGUUGCUCAAAAAGUUUCAACACUAUUCAAAAUUUAUUUAAUAAACAAGAUUCAGCAAACUGUGGUACCCAAUCUAUUAUUAAUAUGGUUUUAAAAUUAUACAUGGAUUCAAAACCAGAGAUUAAAGAACUCUACCAUCAAUUAAUUUUCAAAUUAAUUUCAAUUAAUAAUAUAUUUUCAAGUGUUGAUGGUGAAAUUGACUAUUGGUUAGAGUUUAUAUCUUUGGAUAAUAUCGAAUUCUUUGAAGCAACUCUCUUGAAUGCCCAUCAAAAUAAAUUCAACUAUGUCAAUUUAAUUCAAAAUUUAACAAAAAAAUUAUUUGGUAGUAAUUCAAAUCAACUCUAUAUUAGUCCAGUUUUGGUAUCAGCAAUAUUCCAAUUAUUUACUGGUCUUCACGAAUCACAAUUUAGAUUCUUAUCCCAAGUAUUAACCAACGUUUCAUCACUAUCAAAGAAUAAUAGUUUGUUAAUUUUAUCUAUUUUAAAUUUCAUCAACCAACAAAAAACUAAAGAUAAGGUCGAAGAAUUAAAUGAAUCAAAUAUUUAUAAAGAAUUAGAAUCGAAUGAUCCAUUCAAAUUUAAUUUACCAGCUAUUUUCAACUCUGCAAUUAAAUUUAUUUACUAUCAAUCAUUUAAUAAGUCGAUUGAAGGUAGCAAUGAUAAAAUGGAAGAUUUAGCUCAAUUAGUUUUAGAUUGCCAAAGUCCAAAAGAAAUUAAAUAUAUUAUAUCAAAUAAUGUUAAUCAAACAUUUUUAACACUCAUUUCAUCAAAAGAUAAUGAAGGUUCAAGAUUCAUUCAAGCAAUUAAAUUUAUACCAGUACAUUUAUUAUUAUCUCAGUUUAAUUUAAUCGACAGCGAGAAUAAAAAACAAACCAUUGUAUCAAAUCAAAUAAUUAAAUCGCAAUUAAUCAACUCUAUCUCAAAUUUAUCAAUCAGAAAAUUAAUUAAUAUUUUACCAAUUUUAGAAAAUUUAAUUAACAAUCAAUUUAAAAUUAAUACUGAUGGUAAUCAAGUUGAUCAAGUAUUUGGUUUUUAUUUUGAUAUUGCAGAAAUAGUUUUCAAAUUAGUUUUAGAGUCAAAAUCACUAAAUGGAAUCCGUUCAAUUGAACAAUUUUUAUCAAAUAGUUUAAUUUCUUCAAACUACUUGAUUAAUUUCAAAUUAACUUUUAAUGUUUCAAAAUUAAUUUUAGUAAUUUUUAACUUUAACAAAAAUAAUAACAACAAUUUAUUAAAUAAUAUAUUAUCACCAUUUAUAACCAACAUAUUUAAUCAAAUUAAUAAGAAAUCAAUUAAAGAAUCUUCAAAAGCCAAAAACUUAAGCAAUCAAUUUAUUUUAUCCAUUAGAGUAUUGGAAUUAGUAUUACCAUAUUUAGAUUUUAAGUCUUGUGUUCAAUUAUUAGAAGAAUUUAAGGAUCUAGAUAUCAAAUCUUUAACAAAUGAAUCAAUUUUACAAAUUUAUUUAGAAAUUAUAAACUCCUUAUUAAGAAUAACAAGUAAUAAUAACAACACCAAUAUUUUACCAAAAUAUUUAACAGUUUUCAAUUUUGGUGACACCUCCAAUAAUAACAUUAUUAAUAGUAGUAAUAAUGGCGAAUUAUUAAAAUCAAUCUUUAUACAAUUGAUCGAAAUAUCAUUAUCUUUCGACAAUAAUAAUUCAAACAAUAACAAUUUAAUAUAUAAAAUUACAAUUGAUCAAUUUAUUUAUCAGUUUUUAUUAAAUGAUAUAAAUCAAAUUAAUUUAUCAGUUAAUUAUUUGAAUUCAUUAUUAUAUUCAAGAAAAGAACUAAUUUCAAAAUAUUUAAAUUACUGCCUCGAAAACUAUUCCCCAGUAACAUCACAAAAUAUAAUAAUAAUAUUAUUAGUUAAUAGCUUAAGAAAUAGCGCCAAAGAAGAAGGUCAAUCAAUUGAACUAAACCUAAAUUUAUUAGAUUUUAAUAGACUAUUAAAGUUUGAUGUCACUAUUUGGUUACCAUUAAUGUAUUGGUUGGUCAUUAAAGAAUCUAAAGAUGAAAUUUUGGGAAAUGAAACAUUAUUAAAUCAAAUUUACGAAUCAAUUUCACAAUCAAAUAUUUUCGAAAGAGAUAUAAAUUCAAGCUUAAUUUCCAUUACUUUAGAACUAUUUAAAUUUAUUUCAAAUAAAUUACAAGCAACUACAUCAAAAUUAAAUUAUUUAUUAUUAUUUACCCACCAAGAAAAUGAAGUAGCAGCACAUGAAUUCGACAACUCUGUAUUAAAAUCAAUGGUAUCAAAUUAUUCAAAUAGCUUGUUAAUUUGUAUUAAAAACAAUUUCAAGGAUUUAUUAAAUUUAAAUAUUGCAAACCUUGGUGCCUUUAAAGCAAAUUCAAUUAAUUUUGAAAAUAUUAUAAAAUUAAUAUUUUCAAACAUCAAUUCUGAAGAAACUUUAUCUCAAAAUUUAGAAAUUAUAGAAAAGAUAAUAGAAAUGGAGUCAUCAUUCAAAUAUCAACUAUACAUUGAUUUGAUUUUUAAAUCUAUUAUAAAUAGCGAUUUUAUUUUAAAUAUUAUUAAAUCCGAGCAAACUCAAGAAUCAUCCCACCAAGAUAAAGCAUUUACAGAAGAAGAGGAAGAAGAGGAGUCAUCAAUUAUUAAAUUUAAAUCAACUACCAACAACAAUAAUAAUUAUGAAAAUUUAUUAAAAUAUAGAUUAUUAAAUAUUUUAUUAAAUAUUUAUUAUAAAGAACCAUCUUAUUGUAAUUCAAAUUUAAAUUCAAAAUUAACUUCAAUUUAUUUCAAUAUUUAUAAUGCAACUGUCCACCCAAUAGAUAAAUUAUUAUUAAAGAUAAUCUACCAACAUGAAACUAAUGGCUAUUCAAUCCUUUCAGAAUCAAAUUAUCUUUGGGGAAAACAUUCAAAAGAAAGCUCAAGCAUUACCCAAUUAUUAUUAUCGAAUACAAUUUUUAGUGGUACUAUUUUCGAAAACUCAAUUAACAACUAUCCAUUCGAAAUGAAUACAUUAAAUGAAAAUAAAGAUAAAACCAAUGAAACAGAUGAUCUUAUGGAAAUAGAUAGUGAUAGUGAUGAAGAUAAAAAGCAAGUAGAAAAAGAAAAAGAGAAGGAAGAGGUUAACGAUUUUAGUAUCAAUAAAGAAAUGAUCGCUAAAUCAUAUCAAGAAUACUCUUACGAUCCAAGCUUUAUACUUAGAUUACUUACUUCAUUAUUAGACAGCUAUAUUUCAGAAUAUUCAAAUUUUGAUAGCCAACAAGAAGAUUUUAGAAAAGAAAAUAUUGAAAAUCUUUGGAGAGUAUUACAAUGUUUCUUUUAUAAUGGUCCAUUCUCAUUCACUGUUAGAUCAUUAAGCUCAAAAGAUGUUGCUAUUAGACAAAUUUCUUACCAAAUUCUUUCAAAAUAUCAAACACUUUUAGACACCUAUCAAGAAGAACAAGCCAAAACUUUAGAGCAAGCUAUCCAAUUUAGUAAAUCAAAGAAAUCAAAAUCAAAGAAUAAUAGCAAAAAUAGCAAUAACAAUAAAUCAAACUUUAAUAACGAAAAAAUUAUUAUUAAAUUAAUUCAAGUAUUAAAAUCAAGUGUUUUCGAAAAAGAUCAAUAUAUUCCACCAAUUUUUACAUUAUUCUAUUGUUUAUCAAUUAAAGUAGUUUCACUCAGAUCAGAUCUUAAAAGAAAAUCAAUUAUCUCUUAUUUCAAAGGUAUUAGUUUACUUGAUUUAGUACAUAUUCCAAUGUUUUCAUUAGUAUUAAACUUCACAUUGAACAAAGCCACCAUUAUCUGGAUUUUAGAAAUGAUAUCGAUUGCCUUACCAGACCAAUACACAGAAACACUAUUAAAAAAGAAUAAUUCAAUUUCCUCAUUGCUUGGUUUAUUCGAUUCAAAUGUUUCAAAUAGUAAAAUCAAAUCUUUAAUCUUAGAAAUCAUUUUAAAACUUUCAAACUCUUCCUCUGGUGGUCUCUAUUUAAUUACUAAGCAAGGUGUACUUCCAUGGUUGUCUCUAUUAAUUUCAAACUCAAGUUGUCCAAAAUCAUUAUUUGAUCAAAUAUUUUUAAUAUUUGUUAAUAUUACAAAAAAUAUAAAUAAUAUUGGUGCAAACUAUUAUAACUUUAACGAACUAUCACAAAUUUCAAUAAUUUUAAAUAAUUUAUUAAAAUUAAUAUUAAAUAUAAAUUGGGAUUUAGAAUUUAAAUACAUAAUUAACAAUUUAUUUAAAUCAUUAAAUUUAAUAUUAAAUUCAAAUUCAAGCUCAAUCAGACUUUCAACAUUUGAUAUGGUUUCACUAAUCAAGAGCUAUAACUCUGCCAUCGAUAAAGAGUUCUUUGAAUCUGAAAAUGAAAGAUUAGAAUUACAAGAAUCAAUUGUUUCCAUUAUAUCAUAUUCUAAACUCUCCCAAAACUCUCAAGCUGAUAAUUUAUUCAUUUUUAGUUGGAUAUUUAAUUUAUUAAACCAAACCAAUAUUAAUGGCAGUAAUAAUAAAUUGUUAAAUUCAAUAUUAAAAUGGAUACAAGAAUCAUUAUUAGGAUCAAGAAAACAAUUUAUCGAACAAUUAAAUAAUAAUAAUGAAUCAUCAUCAAAAUUAUUAAACCAACUAUUCUUUAUUAAUAACCAAAUUGAUAUUUUAUUACAACAACAACAACAGCAACAAGAAUUUUUAGAAAUUAAGAAAUUAAUUUGUAAUAUUUUAAUUUUAUUAUUAUCAGAAUCAACUACUGUUAAAUCAAUACUUUCAAAGAACUAUAACCAAGAAAAACUACUUAAAUUAAUCGAUAAAAUUCCGACCCCAGCCAAUCAAAAGUCCGACGAUAUGUUAAUGUAUAAAGAAAAUAUUAAUGAUGUUUUACUUUAUAUUAAAAACCUAUUCUUUAACUAA